CUCAAAUGAGUUCAGGACCAGCGUGAGGAGGCUCCUGGCAAUUGGGCUGUUCCGGGCAGGCGGCAGGAGGGAGCUUGAUGCGUGCCUGGCGUGCGCAGGCCGAUGCCGCCGGCAGAAAAGAGCGAGGGGCCACCGGUCCCGGCGCCCGCGGAACGCGCCCGGGGCCGGGUGCCCGGCCUGCCGUCGCCGGCGCUGUGCUGCGCCUGCGGUCUGUGCGCGCUGCUGGCGGGCGUGAACGUGACGCUGGCAGGCGCCUUCGCCUCCUUCUUGCCCGAGCACAAUGCGCUGCUCGUCGUGGGGCCGGCGCUGCUGGUGCUGGCGCUCGGCUUCUUCGCGGCCUGCUGCGUGUGUAGCCGCCGGGGCCUCGCGCCCCGUGCGCGCUCGGCGGCCGCGGCGGGCCCGGGCCAGGGUGGCGGCCGCGCCGGGCCCGUGGCGCUGGAGAUGGAGAGCAGCGAGCCCACGGCACAGGACACCACGGCCGUGCAGCUCAGCCCUGCCGUCUCCGCCGCGUCCUCCGGCUGCUCCAGCCCCGGCCCCAGCCCCCUCGCCCUGGAGGCCCCGGCGCCCGCGGCCGUCUGCGCGCUGCGCUUGGAAGGAGUCCAGCUCAACCCACCCCGGGAGCGGGCCGCCCCCUAG